AUGUCUGACUAUACACUCUAUACCUACUUCCGCUCCUCCUGCUCGGGUCGCCUACGCAUCACGCUCAACCUCAAGAACCUCGACUACACGCCCGUCUACGUCAACCUCCUCAAGGGCGAGCAGACCUCUGACGCGCACCGCGCGCUCAACCCCUCCGGCACGGUGCCCCUGCUCGUCGCCCACCGGGACGGCGACCUGCGCAUCGGGCAGUCCAUGGCCGCCAUCGAGUACCUCGACGAGAAGCACCCCGGGGUCGCCGGCGCCACCGACGCGACCCUGGUGCCCGCCGACGCCAAUACGCGCGCCGUGGCCCGCUCCCUCGCCGCCAUCAUCGCCUGCGACGUCCAGCCCGUCACCAACCUGCGCAUCCUGAAGCGCCUGCGCGCCAUCCACGCCAGCGCCGAGGAGUGGAGCGCCGAGCUCAUCAACGACGGCCUGCAGGCCUACGAGGAGACGGCAAAGGGCAGCGCGGGAAGGUUCUCGGUCGGCGACGAGGUGACGAUUGCCGACGUGGCCCUUAUGCCUGCGAUAUGGGGCGCUGAGCGCUUCGGCGUCAGUCUGGAGCCGUACCCGACGGUCAAGAAGAUUGCGGCCAACUUGAGCGAGCUUUCGGCUUUUCAAAAGGCGCAUCCGUUUGUGCAGGAUGACUGCCCAGAGGAGCUGCGCGCCAAGGUUCGAUGA